GGGGCGGGGCGGCCGCAGUGACGCGACGGGGAGGGACCGUAGGGGCGCUGGCGGGCGGACGGGGGGAAAAGGUCGUGGCCAUGGGCCCGUGCUGCGCCUCCGGAGGUUCGGGCUCCAGCUGGGAUCCGAGGCCGGGGCUGGGGGCGCUCCGGGUUCCCACCUUGGGGCCGGCUGCACGGGCUGGGUGAGGGGCGCCCGCCCCAAGCUAGAGGCAGAGCGGAGGCCGCGCGCACGGCCAGCGGAGCGUCUUCAGGAUGCUCAUCAAGGAAUACCACAUCCUGCUGCCCAUGAGCCUGGACGAGUACCAGGUGGCCCAACUCUACAUGAUCCAGAAAAAGAGCCGGGAGGAGUCUAGUGGUGAGGGCAGCGGUGUGGAGAUCCUGGCCAACCGGCCCUACACAGACGGGCCUGGAGGCAGCGGGCAGUAUACGCACAAGGUGUACCACGUGGGCUCCCACAUCCCAGGCUGGUUCCGGGCACUGCUGCCCAAGGCUGCUCUGCAGGUAGAGGAGGAAUCUUGGAAUGCUUACCCUUACACCCGUACCCGGUACACCUGUCCCUUUGUGGAGAAAUUCUCCAUUGAGAUAGAGACCUAUUAUCUGCCUGAUGGGGGACAGCAGCCAAACGUCUUCAACCUUAGUGGGGCCGAGAGGAGGCAACGUAUCCUGGACACCAUUGAUAUUGUGCGGGAUGCAGUGGCCCCAGGAGAGUACAAAGUGGAGGAAGACCCCCGGCUGUACCACUCAGUCAAGACCGGCCGAGGGCCACUGGCUGAUGAUUGGGCCCGGACAGCAGCCCAGACAGGACCUCUCAUGUGUGCCUAUAAGCUGUGCAAGGUUGAGUUCCGCUACUGGGGUAUGCAAGCCAAGAUUGAGCAGUUCAUCCAUGAUGUCGGUCUACGCCGGGUGAUGCUUCGGGCACAUCGCCAGGCCUGGUGCUGGCAGGAUGAAUGGAUAGAGUUGAGCAUGGCCGACAUCCGGGCCUUGGAGGAAGAGACUGCUCGAAUGCUGGCCCAACGCAUGGCCAAGUGCAACACUGGCAGUGAGGGGCCUGAGGCCCAGACCCCUGGGAAACCCAGCACCGAGGCCAGGCCUGGGGUCAGCAAUGCCGGCACUCCCGAUGGACCUGAGGCCCCCCCAGGUCCCGAUGCCUCACCAGAUGCCAGCUUUGGAAAGCAGUGGUCCUCAUCCUCUCGUUCCUCCUACUCAUCCCAACAUGGAGGGGGAGUGUCUCCACAGAGCUUGUCCGAGUGGCGCAUGCAGAACAUCGCCCGAGACUCUGAGAACAGCUCUGAGGAGGAAUUCUUCGAUGCCCAUGAAGGCUUCUCGGACAGUGACGAGGUCUUCCCUAAGGAGAUGACCAAGUGGAACUCCAAUGACUUUAUCGAUGCUUUUGCCUCCCCAACUGAGGUGGAAGGGGUGCCAGAUCCUGCAAUCGAAGCUACCAAAGGCAUUGAAGAUGGGGCCAGAGUACCCAGGGACUCAGAGGGUCUGGAUGGAGCAGGGGAUCUAGGGGCUGAGGCAUGCUCUGUGCACGCCCUCUUCCUCAUCCUGCACAGUGGCAGCAUCCUGGACUCGGGCCCUGGAGACGCCAGCUCCAAGCAGGCUGAUGUGCAGACGUUGAGCACGGCCUUCGAGGCUGUUACCCGCAUCCACUUCCCUGAGGCCCUGGGCCACGUGGCACUGCGACUGGUGCCCUGCCCAUCCAUCUGUGCGGCUGCCUAUGCCCUUGUCUCCAACCUGAGCCCCUACAGCCAUGACGGUGAUAGCCUGUCCCGCUCCCAGGACCACAUCCCACUGGCUGCCCUGCCACUGCUGGCCACUUCAUCCUCCCGCUACCAGGGUGCUGUGGCCACUGUCAUCGCUCGCACCAACCAGGCCUACGCAGGCUUCCUGCGCUCAUCAGAGGGCACAGGUUUCUGUGGGCAGGUGGUGCUGAUUGGAGAUGGAGUUGGCGGCAUCCUGGGCUUUGAUGCGCUCUGCCACAGUGCCAGCGCAGGCACAGGGAGCCGGGGCAGCAGCCGCCGUGGGAGCAUGAACAAUGAACUGCUCUCUCCAGAGGUUGGUCCAGCCCGGGACCCACUGGCAGAUGGGGUAGAGGCACUAGGUCGGGCUAGCCCAGAACCCUCAGCCCUGCCAACUCAGCGCACCCCUGCUGACAUGGCCAGUCCUGAGCCUGAGGGCUCUCAGAACAGCCUGCAGGUAACCUCCACAGCCACCUCUUCUGGGGAGCCCCGGCGGGCAAGCACAGCCUCUUGCCCACUGGCUGCCAGUUCUGAGGCUCCUGAUGGUCCCACUAGUGCUGCUCGACUGGACUUCAAGGUUUCGGGGUUCUUCCUCUUCGGCUCCCCACUGGGCCUGGUGCUGGCUCUACGCAAAACUGUGAUGCCCGCCUUGGAGGUGGCCCAGAUGCGCCCAGCUUGCGAGCAGAUCUACAACCUCUUCCAUGCCGCUGACCCCUGUGCCUCCCGCCUGGAGCCCCUGCUGGCCCCCAAGUUCCAGGCCAUUGCUCCUCUGGCUGUACCUCGUUAUCAGAAGUUUCCCCUGGGAGAUGGCUCAUCACUGCUGCUGGCUGACACUUUGCAGACCCACUCCAGCCUCUUCUUGGAAGAGUUGGAGAUGAUGGUGCCCUCCACACCCACUUCGGCCAGCGGAGCCUUCUGGAAGGGCAAUGAAUUGGGCAGUGAACCAGCAGCCCAACCAUCAGCUCCCAGCACCACCAGUGAGGUGGUUAAGAUCCUGGAACGCUGGUGGGGAACCAAGCGGAUCGACUACUCGCUGUACUGCCCCGAGGCGCUCACCGCCUUUCCCACAGUCACGCUGCCCCACCUCUUCCACGCCAGCUACUGGGAGUCUGCUGAUGUUGUGGCCUUCAUUCUGCGGCAGGUAAUUGAGAAGGAGCAGCCACAGCUCACCGAAUGUGAGGAGCCGUCCAUCUACAGCCCUGCCUUCCCCAGGGAGAAGUGGCAGCGCAAGCGCACACAGGUCAAGAUCCGGAAUGUCACUUCCAACCAUCGGGCAAGCGACACGGUGGUGUGCGAGGGCCGACCCCAGGUGCUGAAUGGACGCUUCAUGUAUGGACCAUUGGAUGUGGUCACACUCACUGGAGAGAAGGUGGACAUCUACGUCAUGACACAACCUCUGUCAGGCAAGUGGAUACACUUUGGCACUGAGGUCACCAACAGCUCAGGCCGUCUCACCUUCCCAGUGCCCUCAGAGCGCAUGCUGGGCAUUGGUGUCUACCCGGUACGCAUGGUGGUCAGGGGUGACCACACCUACGCCGAGUGCUGUCUGACUGUGGUGGCCCGUGGCACAGAGGCCGUGGUCUUCAGCAUUGAUGGCUCUUUCACGGCCAGUGUCUCCAUCAUGGGCAGUGAUCCGAAGGUGCGAGCUGGCGCCGUGGACGUGGUCAGGCACUGGCAGGACUCAGGCUACCUGAUUGUGUAUGUAACCGGCCGGCCUGACAUGCAAAAACACCGUGUGGUGGCCUGGCUGUCACAGCACAACUUCCCCCAUGGCGUUGUCUCCUUUUGUGAUGGCCUCACCCAUGACCCACUGCGACAGAAAGCCAUGUUUCUGCAGAGCCUGGUGCAGGAGGUAGAACUGAACAUUGUAGCCGGAUAUGGGUCUCCCAAAGAUGUUGCUGUGUAUGCAGCACUGGGCUUGUCUCCAAACCAGACCUACAUUGUGGGCCGUGCUGUGCGAAAGCUGCAGGCACAGUGCCAGUUCCUAUCAGAUGGCUAUGUGGCUCACUUGGGCCAGCUGGAGGCUGGCCCCCACUCUCAUGCUCCCACGGGACCCCAAAGGGCUGCCCUGGCCAAGAGCAGCUACGCUGUGGCUGCCCCUGUGGACUUCCUCCGUAAGCAGAGCCAACUGCUUCGCUCCAGAGGCCCCAGCCAGGCUGACCGUGAAGGCCCAGGGACACCUCCCACUACCCUGGCACGGGGCAAGGCCCGAAGCAUCAGCCUCAAAUUAGAUAGUGAGGAGUGAGCCAGCCAUGGCUGGACCUGGGUUAUUUAUUGAUACUCAAGGGGCUCAGUGGCUGAGUGUGGAAGACUGGGGGCCUAGACCUUUGGCCCCAGCCCUGGCCCUAAGCCCUGUAUCUGUCAGCCCCUCAAUGUUACUUCUCUUUCAUGGGGGGACCCAGUCCUUGGGGGGAGGGAGGGGGGAGUGGGCUAGGACUCAGCAGCUUUUCCAGUGUGUAAACCAAUAAAAAUAAACAACUGCAUCCCA